AUGGGCGACAUCAGAGUUGAGAUCCUGUGCCAGCACGACUUGGCAGUCCGAUACACUGGCGUUGCAGUUCACAGGGAGGAGUUCAGCAUAGCAUUGUACUUCUCAGACAGUGCUUGA